AUGCGCCUCGCGCUUCAGCUCUCCGGCGUGCGGGCCAUCGUCCAAGCCAUCGCUUUCGUCCUCCCCACGCGUGCGGGUCGCGCUUUCUCGCUCCAGCGGCAGCAGGCGCAGGCUGUCGUUCCAGGAGUCGCCUUCUUCCUCUCCACGCGAGCGGCUUCAAGGUCCACCGCCUGCCCCUAUGGCCUUCCUCUCCACUGCCACCCACCGGCAGUCAUGCGGCUCCUGCUUUUGCGCUCACCCACAUCUCAGAAAAAGCUAGAUGUCAAUGACUCCAGAGGAGUUGCAUACCAUGUGCUUGAUGGAAUGCCCCUAGCACCUUCUACCUAUGGAUAUGCUGGGAAAAUAUUCAGGGAUUGUAGGCGGCUUCUUAUAAGCAUGGAGCAACUCUUCUAUCUUCCUCCAUGUAUUGUUUUGGACAGGUACUUUGGAAAUUAUGGGACAAUCCGUGACAUAGUUCAUAGUCAGUCGCAUUCUUCAAACAAUACCUUUAUUUCCCAUGGAACCACCUGUGAAGGUUCUCAGAUCAAUUCGGAAAGUGGACCUUAA